CUCCAAAUCCCUCCUGCUUUGCUAAAGCUGAAAGCUCAGAGCAAAGUAAACCACCAUGAGGCUGCCUGUGUGUCUCCUGUUGGUCACUCUGGCCCUGUGCUGCUAUGAAGCCAAUGCGGUGCCCUGUCUAUCCCUGGUGAAUGAACUGGGGACCUUCUUGAUUGGUUCUGACACUGCGAUGAAGAUACAACUUGCCAAAUAUAAUGCACCAGAGGAGGAAGUGGCAGCAAAGUUGCAAGUGAAGAAAUGCACAGACGAGAUGCCCUCAGAGGACAAAAAGCAAAUUCUAAAAAUAAUGGCUCAAAUACUCAUCCAGUGUGGUGCCAAUGAUUUAAAUAGUAUUAUUUCCUAAAUUAUCGGAAUCUGACACCAGUCACCUACUCCCCUUGAAAAUGUGAAGGUUUCAACAUUUGGCUUCAAUAAAUGUCCUGCCCUGCACUUGUC